AUGUCAUUAACGAAGUACCUGACUUCAAAGCAUUCAUUAACAACCCGACACUAUCUGCCAAAGAUCGCUCUUCGGGUCUUGUUGCCGUAUAUGCUCGUUCAGAAAGCUGCAGUCCGAAGGAGUCCUGUCUCCGAGAUAACCAAAAAUAUGUUUGCUGUCCUUUCGGAUAAUGGUAGACGUGGAGAGACGCAAGGUGCGAUCGAGAGUUUCAACGAGUUGGUUUCAAAAUAUAAGGGAGAAUUGGAGGUGGUUGUCACGUCUGCUGCUCCGCUGCUUAAGGAUGUUUCCUCCUGGCUGGAGACCAUCCUCGAGCAGUCUCAGGCAGCUCAACAGGCAAAGUCACUGAAGAUCACAAAUAAGGUCAACCCUUCGGUUCUUGGUGGUAUUAUUGUUGAUUUCGGCGAUAAGAGCAUUGACCUGAGUGUCUCGUCGCGUGUCAAUAAGCUCAACAAUAUUCUGCAGCGUAUGUUUUACUCGUCUCUGUGUAAUUUGGCGUCUGAUCCCCGCACAAAAUCGGUAUAA